CUGCUUAGUUUCCGCUUCCUGUUGGCCAUGGAGGUUAAUAUCAAAGCUCUGUGUUAAUAUGGGACUGUUUAAUGUCGGGUUUACAUGGAUUUGAACGAGUUCAAGUUUUUCUGUUGGUAUUUGGACGACUUGACGAGACGCUUACACCUGUGUUCAUGUCUGGUUUCUAAAGUGGGAGGCGUCACCGCUAUGAUACCUGAUAGUUAGGGUGAAUCUCAUAGCUAACCUAUUGCUAGCUAGCUUGUUAUCUGUAAACAAAGCCGGCUAGCUACCGUUAAUUUCAGUUGACAGACAACGCCCAGGUACACCUCAACAUAAAACAGCUAUUAGCUAAAUUCUUAAGAUUUUAGGCAGUCAACCGCAUUUGUGUAGCGAGUGUAGUUUUUUCUAGGUUGCAGGCCUCGGUGGGAAUAAGCUACCUAGCUAGCCAUCAUAAUGGAUAAACAGGAAUCUGAUCGAUUGAUAGAGAAAGCAAAGCUGUGCUUGCGGUCAGGGCGGAGAGAAAAAGCCCUUCAACUGUUGUAUGAAGCCCAGAAAAUAUUCCCCAGCACCCGGGCCAGAGUGCUGAUUGAUGCCAUAGUGAGGAAUGGGAGCUCUGCUGCUCCAGAGGAGCCCCACAUACCCCCACCACGUGGCUUCCGAUCAAAUGAAGAGGACAGGGAUGAAGAGGAGGCACGCAGAGGAGCCAGUGAGGAGAAGCAGACCUACACAGAGGAUCAGCGUCAGGGUGUUUUCAGGAUAAAGAAAUGCAAGGACUUCUAUGAGAUCCUGGGCGUUCCUAAAGACGCUAGUGAUGAAGAUCUGAAGAAGGCAUACAGGAAGCUGGCACUGAAGUUCCACCCUGAUAAGAAUUGUGCCCCGGGAGCAACGGAUGCAUUUAAAGCCAUAGGCAAUGCGUAUGCGGUGCUCAGCAACGCUGAGAAGCGUCAUCAGUAUGACCAGUAUGGAGAGCAGGCUCCGUCUGAGAGCACCGCCCACGCUCGCCACGGACACUACCGCAACUUCAACAGUGACUUUGAGGCCGACAUCUCCCCUGAGGAACUCUUCAACAUCUUCUUUGGAGGAAGGUUUCCCACAGGCAACAUCCAUGUGUACACCAACCGAGGAGCCACCUACUCUGACUUCUAUCAGCCUCGUCGGCGACGAGCAUAUGAGAGGCGCGAGGAGGAGGUGGGGGAGAACCGCAGUCAGCAGAACACCUUUACAGCCUUCCUGCAGCUUCUUCCUGUUCUGGUGCUGAUCCUCAUAUCUGUUGUGACCCAACUGAUGGCCACCAACCCUCCUUACGGUCUCUUUUACAAACCGGCCAUGGGCCUGGUGGUGUCCCGGGAGACCCAGAACAUGGGUGUUCCCUACUACGUGGACAAGGGCUUCCAGAAGGAGUACCGUGGGGAGUCCCUGGAGGAGCUGGAGAAGACCAUAGAGAGUGACUACAUCGAACACCUGCAGAGCAGCUGCUGGAAGGAGAAACAACAGAAGUCGGAUUUGGCGAAUCUUGCACAACUGUACCGUGAUGACAGACUGAAGGCGAAGGCUGAGUCUCUGAAGCUGGACAACUGUGACAAGCUGUACCGUUUUGUGGGCCGACAGAGAGGAGAAUGAGGGGCUUAGACAGGAGGAUCUCUUUCCAGAUGGGAAUUCUACACUUUACUAAUUUAAUAUGGUUUAUUUAUUUUAUUUAUUCAAUCUGGUCACUUUUUUGAAGAACAUCUCUUCUCUGGAUAGAGCACAGUGGUAGCCAAAGCCCUUUGAUCUGAAACAGUAUGCCUUCUCUCCUCUCGGGUGGAAGAAAGUGGAUGUGGAUAACAACAUAAAGCCCAGUCUGGCUGGCUCUGGGAUUGUUUUAUUGAUGUACAGGAGGAGCCUUGUUAAUGCUUCCUUACAUUAAGGAAUAUAGGCUUGCUUACAACAUUUGAGAAAAUGGUUGUCUGUUCACACCUACACUUUGUUAGUCACCUGUUUGAAACAUGUUUAGUAUUGCUGCUGGGUUACUCAUUUAUUUCCAUAUUUGUUUCUGUGGCGUGAGUUUUAAUUCAGUAUAUUGUGUAGGUCUUGGAAAGAACAUAGCGAGAGCAGUGAGUCACUUUUUAAUUGUAAAGAACAUUUUUAAUUUUGAAGAAAGAAUGCAAGGACCUGAGAACCACUAACUUCUAGAAUAGGUUUUCAGAGACUGACGCAAACUUGAGCUUCUAUUUGAAAAGACAGAUCUAUGUGGUCUUAAACUGUGAAGAAAAUGUAGAUUUAUCAUGCCUGUUAGAGAAAGUAAGGCCUGAGCUAUAUACUAUAUCUCUUCAACAUUAGAUUUACUUACACUCUAACUGCUGAUUUCUGUUUUAUGUGAAAUGCAUUGAUACUUUAUUUUAUUUAACUGUGCUCUAAGACUUUGCCAAACGCCGUUGCCAUAGUUAUACUUGUCCAUUAUUUGGUCCUUCUGGUUCAUUCUUAAGCACUUCUUGAUGCUGUUUUAUUUGGAACCUGCUGUCCUAGUCUCUAUUCCCCAAUGCAUGCAGCCCCAUGUUCUGCCACCUUUUAAAACUAAAUGUGUCCUUGUUACACAUCAGGUGCUCAGUCAAUAGCUCCUGCAGUACACCUCGGUAAAAGACUAAGAUAAAUCCACUCAUCCUGCCCAUUCAUUUAAUCAACUGUUACUUUACUUUAAGAGCUUUCAAACAUUUCUCCAAAUGAACAUUUGUUCAGUAAUCUUUUAAUGCUUGACCUUCCUUUAGUCCGAUCAUAAAUCCAGCAGACGAAGGGUUAACAGCCACACCAGUGGAAGACAGACAGGAUGCGGUUGGGGCAGUAAUGGAUUACAGAUUAGACCUGAUGCUAACUAGAGACCCAGUUGUCUCUUGGCUAAACUCUGGUGUUGUGCUGUCAGAGCAGGUUUUCAAGCUGGUUUAUUAAAAAGUUAAACAAUA